CUUUGUUCGGACGGGCGGGAGAAGAGCGAGUGCAGCGGGGCGGGAGUCUUUUGUGAGCUCCGCCGGACGAGAGUACAGUAAGUGAGGAGGGACUGGGGUGGCGGGGAGGCUGCUUGGGGCUGGGGGCUCUUUUGCCUUGUCCCCUUGGGCGCGCGUCUUCCCCGGCGAGCUCCGCCAGGUCGUGGGGAGCCUUCGGAAACCCUCUGAAGCUCAUGGAGAAAUGGCUCGGGGAUUGGGUGACUGACUUGGGGUGGGGGGCAGCUGGAAUUUGAGGGGGCCACACGAAGGGUUUCGCAGGGCCAGGAGGGCAGGCAUCCUCGCUUCAUGGCCUUCCCUCCCAUUCCUAAGCUUAUGGAUGUGAGCGUUUUCCAGGCAAGCCCCUGCGAGGGAGGAAGAGCUAAGAGUAGAUUCUCACGUUAUGCAUUUCGAGGAAUUUGGUUUCUUUGUGAUAGGUAAUGCUAUCUUUUUUACUCCCGGAGCUGCCCAUUGUUCCGGGCUACGAUAGCUUAUCGCUGCGCUGCCCGCAAGAGCACUCUGUCUUGAUUGCGGAUUAAUUAACCGCGCCGUGAUUUAUAUGGUGUACCCAUAAUAAUGGUUAGAAGCCCACCCCUCCACCCCAACAAGACAAAAAAUGGAGAGGGGGUCCAUUUUCAGGUCGCCCUGGUUGUGUGUAUAGCGAGGACCGUGUUGAGUGAUUAGCGAAGUAGAAGAGUUUUGAGCCAAGGGGGCAUCUACAUAAGGCCGUGCGGGCUUGUACAGACUCGCAUUUUUUGUUCCAGUUGUCCCCUUUGAGGCAAAAGUUGGAUUUUGAGGCAUAAUACAGGGACAGAAGUACAGUACUUAACUGAAGGAGGGAUAACACACCCCAGGGUCUAGGGCUGGCCAUGAUAUUUUAAAGUGCCCUAUGUGCUCAAGCAUAUGCUUUAUUCAGGUGUGCUCGUUGGGCAGCUGAUAUUUGUCCCAUUUACCCAGGAAAUGCUCCUUUGCUGGUAAACACACAUUUGUGCCAAGUAGUCUUGUGGUCAGUAGUCCUUUGAAAGGAACAGGCUUGGUAUUGGUCGGAGUGUAACAUGGAGGGGUGGACAUAGACCCAAACAACCAACUCCCAACAAGGGAUUUGUCUAGCUUGACUCUUCUUUGGUAGGGAAUUCCUGUGAAUUCCUCCAUUGUCCAUUCUCCUUUGAGUAGCAUCCAAGUCAGCUUGGCUCCCUGAUUUGUGCUGCAUGUGGUCUCCAAGCACAUGGCCAGUGUUGAAAAUUGUAACUGUAAGCAAAAGGCAAUCCUGGUGCUCUGUUUGCCUGGAGUUCUGGUAGCGUUAGUCCAUCAUUAUUUAUGUAUUAUAUAAUAAAGCUUACUUCAUCCCAAGAAGGAUCCCAGAGUGGGGCACAAUACCUGUAAAAUAUAGUAGUGUGUGUGUAGUAUUUUAAAUUUCAUAUGUUUUAAAGUAGAGUUUUAUUUUUUCCUUUGUUUUAUUGUCUUAUCUUUUUGUAAACCUCUUUGAGGGUUUUAAAAAAAGUAGCAGUGUAUAAAUUUUAGGAGAGAGAGAUAUACAACUAAUAAAUAUAUAGGCAUAAAAAUUUUAACUUCAGUGUAUACAACCACAAUGAAUAAGCAGUUCUUAGCUAAUCCGCCCUUUCAGUGUUUGUUAGAAGAAAAACUUGUUUAUUUGGCAGCAAAAUGCAGGUAAUGAUGGGGGCAGUCUUGUUUCCAAUUCAAAGGAGUUCCACAACUUUUGCACUGUUUGUAGAGGUGCCAAAACUAGUGUGUAAUUGAGCUUUGUGGUUAUCUCUCUGACAAGUGUUAUAGAAAAAAUAGGGAGUUUGGCUUUUGCUGCCUAACUCCCCAAGGGACUGAGUCCCCUAAGUCCAUGACUGGUCAGAGAGGAAUGGAUGGAGGCAAGAUCCAUAGAAAAAUGGUGCCUAAGCCCCUAUAAAGACUUUUGAAAUUGCCCACCCUGUACUGCAAGACCCCCCCCAAAAAACCCCAUCAUUCAUACAUCACAGAAGGAGGUGUUCUCCAGCAGAAAUUUGAGAGUGUUGCUUCUCUCCUGUCUGCCAGGAUACCUGAUAAUGCCUUGCUUCAUUGCAUUUUCUGGGUAGCCUGGCCAUUUCUUUGAGAUAGUAAAUACUUUAGUUCCUAAAUAUAUUGAUAGUUUACUCAGUUUAACAGAUACUUGCCAGACUGUAUUUGCAGGAAUGUGUAAGCCCUACAGUCCAAAGUCAAUUGGAAAGUUUUCCCCAUUUCCUUCCUCCUUGCAGAGAAAUAUUUGAGGUCAAUUUGGGAGAGUCAACAUGGCUUCAGGAUUGCUCUCCUGUACUAUUUCAGACACGUGGUUUGUAUACUUAUGUAUGUGUUUGCCUUAUACAUUUAUGACCAUUCUAUAUUUGAGACCUUAGAAUUCUUAUAACACAAGUCAAAAAUGGCAUAUUAGAAAUAAAUAACUUCUAUGGUAUUAGGUAGCAAAACUUUUUUCCUGGUUGCUCAGUUGCAUUGCUACUCACAUUGCAUUACAGAAUAGAAUUGAAAUGAACCAACCCAGAAGAAUGAAGUAAAUCCCCCAUUCUCCUAGCAUGCCUUCUAACUGCUCUUAUCACUCCCUUUGAAUACAGACUUGUAAAUUUCUGUCACCUAUGGCAUUCUCGAAACCAGAUAAGGGAGCCUUUGUAAGUUGGAAGAAAAUUGUCCUCCACCCCACCCCCACCCCCAUUUCAGUAUGUUGUGCCAGAAAUAUCCUUACAUGGGAGGGAAAGGCUAGAAGAGCAUAUGGAUUAGUAAUUUUUGUGAAUUUAUUUCCAAACCUUUGAAUGGGUAAGAUGAGGUCUGCUAGCACAACUAUUACAUCACUCCUCCAAAACACACACACACACACACACACACACACACACGAGAUUAGGCUGCCUCCAUUCAGUUUUAAGAUUACUACAGUAAGCCCUCAAGGAGUGGGGAUUUUCCUGGGAUAGUGCCUACAGCCAAAAUUGUGCAUAGUCAAAACACAUUAGGUGCAGUGAUGGGUGGGAUUGGCCAAGUUCUUUUUGGGACAUCGCCCCCUUUCUACUCCCUUUUAAAAAAAUGGUUUUUUGUUGGUUUUUUGCUUCACGCAUAAAACAGAAUGUGCACAAGUUAAAUGUGUGUAAGUUGUGAGUGUACUGUGCCCUCCCUUGUGGCAUUCUGCCGUUAGCUGGGAAUGCGAAUAAAGAGGUAGUUUUAGAGAAAAGGGUGAAAAUCUUUCAUAAACUGUCUAGCUGGUUGGGGCUGAUGGGAUUUGUAGUCUCCAAGAUCUGGAGGGCUCCAGGUUGAAAAAGACCGGUCUAGGCUGCUUUCACCUGUGUGAUAAUUGCAUACCACCUUCCCCAGGGUGUGGACCUUCCGAUCCUGCAAAGUAUUCAGUCCUCUCAGCUGCAAAGAAUUGACUUGAUGGCAGCGUUCCCUUGAGCACAGGUCUCCUUUAAAGUUUAUCAGGCUCUGAAGUGUGUGUGUCAGGCAGGUUGGAGAUUGAGUAAGGUUAUUAAACUGAAGUAACUUUGUCCUGACUGGUGCUCUAAAACUGCUUUACAGUGCACACUAGUGGCUGUUUCUCAUGUCUUUUUUAUGUCAGUUUAGUCAACUGAGUACAAGAUGCUUGUGUGCAAAUAACCAUUUUCUCCUUUAUGUGAGUAGAAAACAAACUAAUGCUUGUGGUCAGUGAAAAUUGUGAGCUGGAAAAGGUUCUGGGAAAACCUAUGAAAAUUAGGGGAAUUUCCAUUAGGAAAUUUUCAAUUUGGCUUGGAAAAUUUUCUGAUAUGCUAGGAAGUGAUCUGAUGUAGCAUGUUUUGUUUCCCUUGUAUACACCUGCUAAAAACCUUGAAAUUGCUGUGGUUUCCUAAUAUUUAUUUCCAGUUCACAUUGAGUUAUUGCUACUAAUGAACUUGGGGAAUGGGAAAUAUCCUGCAGAAAAAGAAAACUAAUGAAACUUUUCUUCCCCAUGUUGCUACUUGUGGCAAUCAUGGUUUUUGAACUCUUGACUAUGUUCAGAGAACACCUUUGGGGAUAACUGAGAAGGAUGUCUGCCCCCACAAGGCUGUUCUGCAGGUUGCAGUUCUAACAACUUUUAAAAGUACUGGUGGUUUAGUUAAGAAGCGUUCCCCUUACAGCUCAAAGUUGGGUAUUACAGGCUAUUUCCUAGAUCACAACAAACGCCUGCCACAUAUGUUAGAAGAAGGCUAUUGGAGUAGCUUCUGCUUUUUUCCUUCCAGUGAUACCCACCUCUGAAUGGAGAUAGCAGGUGUAGGAAGCAGAGCAAAGUGGGUGGGUGGGAAUCUUCAUUCCCUUGUCGGCAUCACUGAUGCAAUCUUCUGCUUGGGAGGGAAAACAAUAUUCUAUUCCCCUGCUUACAGCAUGCGUGUGAAUGCUGGAGAAAUGAAACACUUUGCUUCUCUUUGCAUGACUUUAGCCUCAGCACCUUUGGGUGUGUUGUGCAUGUACUGUUCAAACAGCUAAGAGAGGGAGGAGGACCUCGCUAGCUAACCCCUGGCAUGGUGAUGGAAACAGGAAGCAGAGGUGAUUGAGCACCCUUAAACUUUUGCCCUGGAGAAGCUGAGCAUAGCACAAACUUCUACCCCGGGGCUGGCUGGGGUGCCUCCUUUACUCCAGGAUGCUUAUUGUACGUGAGCAUUGGGGCGUCACACCCGCCCCAGGCGCACCAGGACGUGGCAUCCAUCCAAAGGUUGAGGCAAACCUCUUGAGUUGACUUCCAGAAGCAGCUGCUCUGCCAAAUCUCCUGCACUGAUCUCAGGGCUAAGUUGACAGCAGGGAGUGUUCUUAGGAGGCAGGGGAGAAUAAACCCUCCCCAUGAGUAGUAUAGGCAAAUACUUGGCUUCAUAUCCCAUGCCAGCCCUCAUCUCCAUUCAGCUUUGUCACUGUGUGUGCGCGCGCGUCAUUGUUAUAAUAUGUGUAUGAAAUGAGUCAAGCAGAAUUGGGUUUCCUCUCAGGAGGAGGGUCAAAGGAAAUGUGAUGUCAGCAAGCCGUAAAAUUCAUCACUUUAUAUGAGGUAGGGCUAAAAGGGGGGGGGUAAUUUUGUGAGUACACACCCACCCACCCCGUGGUGGAACAUACAGACACUGCAUUUUACUUUAUCAGCUAAUUGUUCUGGCGGUGAGUGGUUUGGAUCAAGACCACAGUGUAGGGAAAGGGUUAUUCCCUCCCUCUGCCUAUGUUGCAUUUCAAACCCAAAUGGUCUCCCCUGUGGCUGCUUUUGGCCAAGUACACACACAAAAAGUUUGUUUGGGAGAUGCAUUCACGCUUCUCGGACAUGAGUCUAGUUUGGCCCUGAGUUGACUUUGGACAUGGGAGGGGGAGUAUCAAGUGUCUUAGAAACUUGUGUUGUGCCUUUUGGGUAUGGAAAGAUUGGGCUGUGAGUCACUGGUUGGCUUUCUAACAGUAAGCAGGAAGUGUAUGUAUUUAAACGUGGCAAGAACCCAUCACCAAACUUGAGUUCUCUUGCCUGUUUACCUGUAUGAUCCAUGUGUUUACAAGUAUGUAUUUGUUGCACACAUGCUGGGUAUGUAUAUACAUAAAAUAGUUGGCGUCUACAUCUUUAAAAGAGCAGUUUCUUAAGUGGUCCUCAGUUGUUGCUUUUUGUAGGGGCUAUGCGAUUAUCAGUUGGAGGUCACCAUGGGUAUGAUGGCAAAAGCCAAGUCAUUUUGUAGUGAGUGGAAAGUGAGUGGAAUUAAGCUAUGAUUCACUCCUGCUCCAGGGUUUUUGUGGAGCUCAUUAUUACCUAAUUACAUGGGGAAAUGGGAGGGAACCCCCAUUUCUCCCCUGCCUGAGGAUUUUGUCAAUUUCUAAGUGGAAAAAUUGACAAUAACCCCGCAAAAACCCCUUAAUAUAUUUUUUCUCUUUUAGAAUAAAGAGUGGAGUGUUUACAAAGGGCUGUGGCUGUUUUCUUUCUUUUUUAAAAAAACUAAAAAAACUUAAGAAACAAGCUAACAAGUAAAACAGUAGAGUGUUUCCCCCCCACCAAUCCAUGCAAACUUUCUGAAGUCCAUGGGGAUAAAAAUGAAAGUUGAGAAUAGGAAGCUUUAGAUUUGUCUGAAACUGAUCCUUACUAGAAAAUCUGUUUUGAGAUGGCAAUGUUUUCAAGGAUGUAUUAUUUAUUGUUUAAUUGACAUGAUGUGGUUUUCAUGUGGAUACGUUUCACAAAUAUAACAGGACACUUUAACGCACCAAAUUAUAAUAAUGUCUGUUAGUUUCCCCCAAAAAAUUCCAAUUCUCAUCAUCACCAGAAAUUGUGGUUCCCUCCCAUGACUUCACUUUAUAAACAACAACAAACAAACUUAGACAUCUUGUGGGACUGGAGACUGUGCGUUCCGCCUUGUGGGGUCUUGGGGAGUUCACUUGGAAGCUUGUGGGGAAAUCGGAUGAAAUUACUUCAGUUUAACCUUCUGCCUACUGUGCUUGUUGACUGCAGGUGUGUGCUGAGCCACGAUGAGCUGGAGUUUCCUCACCCGCCUCCUUGAGGAGAUCAACCAGCACUCGACCUUUGUGGGGAAGGUGUGGCUGACUGUGCUGAUUGUCUUCCGCAUUGUCCUGACGGCGGUGGGCGGCGAGUCCAUCUAUUACGAUGAGCAGAGCAAGUUUGUGUGUAAUACGCAGCAGCCGGGCUGUGAAAACGUCUGCUACGACGCCUUUGCCCCGCUUUCGCACGUCCGCUUCUGGAUCUUCCAGAUCAUCAUGAUAGCCACGCCCUCGGUGAUGUACCUGGGCUUUGCGUUGCACCGCCUCUCGCGCCAACCGCCUCGGAAAAGCCGCGCCCCCGUGGUGCACCGAGGCGCAGGCCGCGACUACGAGGAGGCCGAGGACAAUGGCGAGGAGGACCCCAUGAUCUUUGAGGAGGUGGAGCCCGAGAGGGAGGUGAAGGAGCCCGACAGCCAGAAGCACGACGGCCGCCGGCGCAUCAAGAAGGACGGGCUGAUGACGGCAUACGUGCUACAGCUGCUGUGCCGCUCGGUGUUUGAGGUGGGCUUCCUGCUGGGGCAGUACGUGCUGUACCGCUUCGAGGUGAUGCCCUCGUACGUCUGCACCCGCAGCCCCUGCCCUCACACAGUGGAUUGCUUUGUCUCCCGCCCUACGGAGAAAACCAUCUUCCUCCUCAUCAUGUACGCCGUGAGCUGCCUUUGUCUCCUGCUCAAUGUCUGUGAGCUGUUUCACCUGGGCUUCGGCGGGAUUCGGGAUGCCCUACGCGGCCUUGAUAGUAAGGACGGUGGUGACCCCCCCAGGUCCCAGUAUGUCCAGAAGCAUCCCAGUGCACCCCCGACCUACCAUUCUCUCAAGAAGGAGACCUCCAAGAGACAGGUAGCCAAGGACAAGUUGGGCUACGGUGGAGAGAGCUUGGCUGGGCUGGCUGCCGACCGCUAUGCUGUCGCACCGACCGUCCCGAGCCAUGAGUUGGAGCGACUGCGCAAACACCUCCGGAUGGCACAGGAGCACCUAGAAAUGGCCUUCCACCUGCAGCCGGAGGACACUGCCAGCCCCUCUCGUAGCAGCAGCCCCGAGUCCAACGGGCUGGCUGCAGAACAGAACCGCCUCAACUCCGCACAUGAGAAGGAAGGCGCAGCCUGUGAGCGACCGACUGGUAAGUGAAGCCUUGGUUAGGCUUUCCUAGGAUGGCAGCAAAGGCUGUCUGUUGCAGCCUGGAAGAGCCGGAAUCAUGAUGCCGUCUAGCUGGUGCUGACUGGUUAAGCUUGAAAGAGCUGCUAGUGUAGAAUGGAGGGCUGGGGUUUCCCGCUGCCACCUGUAGGUUCUGAGGUGAGCCUUGUGAAGGAUUACAUCAAGGUGCAGUAUGGUUAAGGAUUCUGCCCUGUGGCAAUGUGUUUGAGAGAGACAACGAGAAAAUAGGCUGGAUUAAAGUGAAAGUUGAUGAUUAGCAUCCAGAUGUAGCAAGCAUCAACAGUGAGGAAAUUUGACGCUCGGGGAACAAUUGGGGAAUUCCCUAAAACAGACAAACUGUACCCACACCUUUUUUUUUUUUUUUUUUUUGCUAGAACUUCCAAGAUCCACUACCUGGAGGCAGGUACAAAACACAUCCACACAGUAUUAAAGAAUUCUAAGCCUGGGAAUUGGUCCUGAGUGCUAGAACUGAACUAAGCUCACUGUCCAUUCUCUAGCCCACAGCUGUCUUCACUGAUGGACCUCAGCCACCCUUCUUGGGAUACAAACACAUUUGUGAAGUGCAGGUUUGGACUGAGAAGCUAACAUGUUUUUCCUUCCUUUUUCCAGGCCUCUGAAGUACUGGGCCUCACUGGGCAGCUGCACAGAUGACAACAGGAAGUGUCUGUGGAGAAUUGGCAGUGUGUGAAUGUCUGCUCCUAGCCUGAAGUUUGGAAACGCCCGGACAGAGUGGGUGGAGGGACGAGGAUGUUCUCUGAUUUUUGUUGGGUUGAGGGCAAGGAAGGGAAAUGAUGGAAGCCUCCUCAUCCAUGCCUCCUGAGGGGCACGUUUGGAAGUCUAGCUCCGUGUAUGUAUGUAUGUAUGUGAGUGUACGAGUGUCUUUUUUUAAAAAGGUUCUAAAAGGGACACUAUUUUUUUUACUUUUAUACAUGUGGUAAAGGUACUAUUUUGUUCUCUUCCUGUGCUGAUUGUCUCCUCUUAGGAGGGAUUUUCAUGUUUUCUCUAGUCUAGCCUUCAUCACCCUGGAGUCUUCCAUGUAUUUUGGACUACCUGCUCCCAUCAGCCCCCAGCCAGCACAGCCAUGGAAGUUGAUAGUCCAAAACAUCUGGAAGACUCCAGGUGACAAAGGCUGCACUAGUGGGACAGAGAUAGGCAGCUAUAUAGCAGCAUUCACUGUUUUUGUUGGGGUUUACUGUAUAGGGGGGAGAGCAGAAAGAGGAAUGAGAUGUCCACAACUUUCUUGUCUUCUCUACACAGCCGCACACAACCUGGUCAUCUCUUUCUCUUUCCCUCUCCCCCGACACCAGAUUUUGCAAGCAGUUGGUGGUUGGGCCAAAGAUAAUUGUACUACAUUCCAAGAUGCCAGUUUCUAAACGGCAUCUGCCUUCCUGCCCUCUAUGGGGUGCCGUGCUGGGUUCCCCACUGAAUUGCAUUGGGUCCCCAGUCACGUUUUGAUCAUCUCAGCGAUCAACAUGAAUUGUGUUUGUAUUUUUUGUCUUUUUAUAAUUUGCGGAAAUAGUUAAUGAAAUUGUGUUUUUUUGCUCUUUUAUAUGAAUAUAUAUAUAUAUAUUUGGUAUAAAUCAGGAGAUUUGUUUUAUAGGAA